CGUACCAAGUUACUCAAAGUACGAGUACAUAAUAUGAUUAAACUCAGAUAUGUUUUUAUUAUAGUGUACUUAUCUGGGUAAAUAAAGUCCGUUUGGCAGAAAUUGAGAAGCAGUCUACUGUUACAGGUUAGAUAUUAUUAAAAAUUAGUACACAUCCAAUAACAAAUAUCUGUUGGUAUGUUAUUCAUCAAUGUCAUGCAGAAAUACUCUGGGACAGGUGGUAUUUCAUUUAUGAGAACAAUAUCCAAAGCGUACAGUAACAAAUCAACAAUUAUUGAAAGCCAAGUAAAUCACUUUAGUCGCUUGCAAGAACAAUGGUGGGAUGAGGCUGGCGCGAUGAAGCCUCUUCACUCGAUGAACAAACUAAGAGUUCCUUUUGUUCAAGAUGGCUUGGUUAACUCAGGACUUGUUCAUAGGGACGUGAUUCUUAAACAAACGCCAAAACCUUUCGCUAACAUAAAAAUAUUAGAUGCAGGAUGUGGAGGUGGGAUUCUAGCGGAGGCAUUAAUGAAAUCAGGCGCUUCGGUAACCGGUAUUGAUCCGGCGAAGGAUUUAAUAGAAAUUGCCAAAACUCAUAAUGUACCCCGCAAUAUAAACUAUUGGCCAGUUACGAUUGAGGAAUUUUCGAAAGAAAACAAAAACAAAUUUGAUGCGGUAAUUACGUCACAAGUAGUGGAACAUAUUUGUGAAUUGGAAGUUUUCUUGGAGAGCUGUAUCCGUUGUUUAAAACCUGGAGGUUCCCUUUUUGUAACUACUAUCAACCAGACACUACUUGCUUGGUUGCAUAAUAUCGUGCUUGCAGAAAGAGUGUUUAGACAAAUACCAUUAGGAACCCAUCAGUACCGCAACCUUGUACCAUACCAGCGACUACGAACGAUUCUCGAAAAUAAUAAAUGCAGAAUUGGUACUGUUCGAGGAAUGGUGUACAACUAUCUGAAUAAUGAUUGGUAUUGGAUCAAAACAACGGCAAUUCAUUACGCUGUGCACGCUAUUAAAGAUUAAUUUUUGCUUGCUAAGGUAUACCAACCACAUUUCGAAAUCAAACACAAGAAUAGUAGGUAUAAUGUUGGCUUAAUAUAUCCAAACAACAUAGUAAGAAGAAUCAAAUUUUGAGAGCAGAAAAUAAUUAAACAUUUAACUAUAGACUCGAUCCCUUCCCGUGAAUACUGAGAACAAGUACCUAUUCUGAAAAAACAGAAAUGUAUAUGGUAUAUCCCUAUUGCAAAUAAAGUAGGUACAUAUUCUAUUAUUUUACAACAUACGCAUUUUUCCACGUUAAAUUUUUAAGAAACGACAAAACGGUCGCGCUGAAUUAAUUAGCUUAAACAUUUCCGUACAAAGAAUGACACUGCCAAAACAGCAUAAUAAAUUGUCACCAAAAUUAAGGACGUGCUUAUAUCGAUUAAUCACUGGAACAAAUUAACAAAACGUAAUUUGUUGUAAACAUGACAGGUAAUUACAGGCGUAGGUAUAAAAGGAUCAUUUUUUGAGAAUGUGGUCAGUUAAUCCCAUUGCAUACCUACAACAAAUAACCAGUUAUAAUGUCUCCAUAUAUGGUUGCGUUACUUAUGAUGAUGGUCAUCAACGUUGCCUUCACUCUUCCCGCUGAAUCAAAGCCUAAGAAUCACUCUGGAGAGGAUUCCGAUUCCACCGAUUCCUCAGAAGAACACGCUGGAAAUUCUCACGGAAAUAGCAAUGCCAAUGGAAACGGUCAGAAGCAGAAUAACAAUUCGGGAUAGUAACUUUUUAUUAUACCUACACUACAUAUACCAAAUUGAAUCACAAUGUUUACAAUUUAGCACAAUAAAAUUCGCUUUAGCAUGA